AUGUCGACCGCAGACACUCCCUACCCCGAGAAGGCGGACGAGAAGUCAGCACCCUUGCAGUCUACUGUGAUCGAUCAUGGCAAUGCACAGAUUGUCUCCGAAGAGAAGGCCUUUGGGGAUUUGCAUCGCUCAUUCACGCCGCGGCAGGUCCAUAUCAUUUCCCUCGGCUCAAACGUCGGAAGCGGUCUCUUCAUCGCCACAGGCAAGGCUCUGGCAAAUGGAGGCCCCGGCACCAUGUUCCUGGCUUAUUUGAUGGUCUGCUCGGGUGUCUGGGCCAAUCUCCAGACUUUGGGUGAAAUGACAAUUGCAUUCCCAACCUCUGGCAACUAUGUCGACUACGCUGGAAGAUGGGUAGAUCCUGCCCUCGCCUUUGGUGCUGGUUUCGCGGAAUGGCUAGGUUGGACAGCUGUAUUUGCGGCCGAAGCAGACUUCUUCGUCGUCCUGGUGGACUACUGGACCGCCGGUGCCGUACCGAUGGCCGCUUGGCUGUCCAUCUUCUUGGUCCUUUGUCUGGUUGUAUUCAUACUUCCGAACAAAGCCUUCGCGUGGCUCCAAUGCUUCGGCUCUAUGGUCAAGAUCCUCCUCUUCAUUCUGAUUGUCAUUCUCUCUUUGGCACUCAUUGGAGGUGCAGGGCCCACCGGUUCAGUACACGACGGUAGCUCAUGGACCGGUGGCUCUGGAUUCAGGAACGGGUUCGGUGGCUUCGCAAACUGUUGCCUCCUCGCUAUUUGGGCCGUAGGGGACCAGGUCUUUAUUGGUGUUGUCGGAGGGGAGUCGAAAUCGCCUCGAUUCUCGAUGGCCCAUGCCGCAACGCUAGUUCCGCUUCGAGUCGGUUUCAUGUACAUGGUCCUCGUCGUCCUGGUGGGCAUCCUCAUCAGCCCGGAUAACCCAAGACUUUUCGGCGCUUCGGGUGCGGCAGCUUCACCCUUUGUUCUUUCAGUGCAGGAAGCCGGUAUCAAGGGCAUCCCGGACCUCAUCAACGCCUGCAUGAUCAUUGGGAUUGUCGCCAUUGCGCUGGAAUCGAUCUACCUGCCAUCGCGGAUGCUGCGAACAAUGGCAAUCCAAGGCCUGAUUCCGAGCUGGAUCGGACACUGUGAUGUUCAGGGACGGCCGCGAUGGGCCCUCGCUAUUACCUCCGUGGUAGGCGUCGCUAUGACUUACAUGAGUCUGAGUGCCGACGGCUUGACUGUUUUGAAUUGGUUCAUUUCCAUCACUUCUGCUUCGUUCUUCUCGAAUUGGGCAAUCAUUGCCGUCACCAAUCUCCGAUUCCAUCAAGCACUCCGGGUCCAGAAGGACAAGCUCUUUGAGCAAACAUACCCCUGGCGGUCCAUAGCAUGGCCAUUGGCCCCUGUUUGGUUGCUGCUCGUCUGCCUGAUGUUGACCGUGUGUCUUCUUUACGCAGCCGUCACUCCCCUUGGCGGGGGCGGGUUUACCGCGAACAAUUUCUUCCAAUACACCAUCGGAUUCCUCGUCAUCAUCUUGUUCACGGCGGGAUACAAAGUCAUUCUGCGGACGAAGUGGCAGAGUGCCGAUACCGCGGACCUCGUCACUGGUCGUCACAUCAUCAACGACGAUGAACUUGCGAUGCUUGAUGCGUACUAUCGGCGUCCUCUCUGGCGUCGCAUCGCAACUUACCUCUCUCUUUGGUGA